AUGAUUGAGGACGAUAUCUAUCGCUCCUCGUCUCAAUUCCGAUUCUGGUCCUUUACCGAGACGUCGUUAAAAUCUCUAAGAGAAAAAACAAAUUCUCUUGCAAGUGAUCGUGUUCGAGCUGCCUUGCGAAGGGCACGGGAGUCGCGACAAUCAGCUGCCUCGUCUGCAGCAGGGACACCUACACCAAAUGCGAACGGAAGCGAUGCAGAUAGCAAGGGAGGCGAAGAGAAUGACAUCGAAUGUUUGACACCCGAAGAAGAGCAAGUGCUAGUGAGAUAUUUCUGCGAACAGCUCGUGGAGCUUGGGGAGAGCUACAAACCACCGUUGCCGACAAUAGUGAGAGCUACGGCAAUACAGUACCUUCGUCGCUUCUACCUCACCAACUCGCCCAUGACCUAUCAUCCCAAAACAAUUAUGCCCUGUGCCCUCUUCCUCGCCACCAAGACCGAGAAUUAUUACUUAUCUCUACGACAGUUCGCCGAAGUAGUUCCCGGCGACACCACUGCCGAGGACAUCAUCGCUCCCGAAUUCCUCGUCAUGCAAAGUCUGCGUUUCACGUUCGAUGUGCGUCAUCCGUUCCGCGGAUUAGAAGGCGGAAUCAUGGAGCUCCAAGCCAUAGCGCAAGGCGUAGCGCAACCAACACCUCAUUUCCCUGAACAGAAACCAGAAGAUCUACGGCGCAAACUCCUCUCCCUCACACCGUCUGCGACAGCAGCCUCGUCCUCAUCCAUCACAGACCGCCUCGCGCGAGCUCACCACACGACGCGUGAACUCCUCAAAUCCGCUGCGCAAAUGACGGACGCAUAUUUCCUCUACACGCCUUCACAGAUCUGGCUCUCCGCCUUUCUUAUUGCAGACCGUCCCAUAGGUGAAUUCUACCUCGACGCCAAACUCGGCGGACCUCUCGUCGACCCCACUUCCCAACAACAAGGGAACCCGCUUUCUGACCUUCGAACGAAACUUACCCGGACCCUUGCCGACUGCUCCGCCCUCCUUCAGUCAUAUAAACCGCUAGCUUCCGAUCCAGAUCAAAAGAAGAAUCUAAGACGGAUUGGAAAGAAGCUAUACCAUUGCCAGAAUCCCGAAAAGGUGAACCUAGCGGGUCAGAAGCGGAUUCCGACGGCCGCGGUAGCAACACCUGCAUCCGGUGAAGUGGGCACUUCAGAAAGUGAAAUGGAACGUCUCGCCAAGAAACGGAAACUUGAGUGUGAACAGAAAGAUAAGGAAGCCAAGGAUAAUUUUGGAGGGGAGCUUGUAGCACAACGAACGAAGGAGAAAACACCGCAGGAAUAG